AUGAGUGGGUCUACUCCUGCUUCUUUUGUUGCUUAUGUAUGUAAUCCCAUCACUAGAGAAUGUAUCACUCUUCCGGAACUCGAUAGAUGGAUAUAUUAUCGUCUGGUUGAUUCCAUGUCGGGUGGAUUCGGUUAUGUUGCUUCGACUAAUGAAUACAAAGUUGUUAGGAUUUAUACGUUAUGGGGAGAACGUGAAUUUGCACAGAUUGAGGUUUACACUCUAGGCAGUGGUAAGGGAUGGAGAAAUGCAGGAAAGAUAAACAAUGAUUCAGGUUAUAUUGCUACAAGAAAUGCUGUAUUUGUUAAUGGAUUUGUUUAUUGGGAUCUUGGAAAUGGUAUAACUGGAGCCUUUGAUUUGGCUGAUGAAACUUUUGUACGGUAUUCUUCUGAAUUUGCGAAUGGGCACCUCUGGGGUGGGGUUUUGGGAGGUUAUUUCUCUGGUACCCUCUACAGUCAAGACCGCAGAAGUUCUGAUGUAUGGUUACUAAAGAAAAAAGAAGAUGAGUCACUCGGUUGGAAUAAAGAGUUCAGUUUAAUCAGUAUGGAUCCAUUCACUAAGUCACUUGCCCUUACGACUGGUGGUACAGUUUUAUGCUACUCGGAAUCGAAGCUGCAUCUUUAUGACAUGAAAUCUUCUUCUUCUAAAAUACUCGAGGAUUUUGGUAGAAGUAUCUCUAUAUCAGAAGCAAUUCCUCAUAUAAACACCUUAGUUUCAUUGAAAGCAUUUGGAGAAGAAAACAGCCGAACACUGGGAUCCUCUGGUUCUGGACUACAUACUAUCUGGUAA